AUGCAAGCAACUAAAGAACAAUCGCGAAUCAUGACGUCCUUCGUUUUCGAUAAAAUUCUCAUUGGUUUCGGCCUUAUUCUCUUAUUCACUUUAUUCAUUGGUACUCAGGCUGGUGUGACUUACGAUGUCGCCUAUCCUGAUCAUCUUCUCUUGAAUGAAGAUCAUAACGCUCUCGAUAAUAUUCAUUACAUGGCUAAACGACGUUUUCUCCCAACACGACUGAAAGCGAAGAAGAAGAUUCGCAUUCAAAGGCAAAACGUUAUUUUCUAA